AUGCCUGGACGGACACUUCCUACCCUUCCUCGUUCAGAUGUGGCCUCGCACAAUUCCUCCAAAUCCUGCUAUGUCACAAUCGGGACAAAAGUCUAUGAUGUCACCUCCUUUCUACCAGACCACCCCGGAGGUGGUGACUUGAUCAUCGAAUAUGGAGGAAAGGAUGUCACACAAAUAUUGAAGGAUGAAUUAUCGCAUAGCCAUUCAGAAGCCGCCUAUGAGAUCCUUGAUGAUAGUCUGAUCGGGUUUGUUGCAACGGAGCCGGUGAUGAAGACUGUCGUCGAAAGCUCGCACCCUGAUGAGAUUGUACCCUUGCCUCCAUCGGCGACUGGCGAAGCUGAAUUGCGCCACAAUGGUGUUGAUGGUGAUCUGAAGCAGCGACCUGUAUAUGCGGCUACAGGAAUGUCUUCAGCGGAAGACCUGUCAAAGGAGACGGAUAUAUCUAUAGAUUACAAGACACACAAGUUUCUUGACCUAAACCGACCUCUGUUUCCCCAGAUUUGGUACGGAGGCUUUUCAAGGGAUUUCUAUCUGGAGCAGGUUCAUCGACCGCGCCAUUAUCGAGGUGGCGACUCUGCACCGCUGUUUGGAAACUUCUUGGAACCGCUGAGCAAAACUGCUUGGUGGGUAAUACCGAUAAUCUGGCUGCCACCCGUCGCAUACGGCACCUACUAUGGCUUCAAAGGUCUCUCCGCUACUUCUGAAGCUGUAGCGUACUGGUUUCUGGGUGUCUUUUUUUGGACCCUGUUCGAAUACAUCCUGCACCGGUGCUUGUUUCAUGCUGACAAGUAUCUUCCCGAUAACCGAGUUGGGAUCACGGCGCAUUUUCUGCUGCAUGGCAUUCAUCACUAUCUUCCAAUGGACCGAUAUCGUCUAGUAAUGCCUCCCACGCUGUUCUUGGUCCUUGCUACGCCAUUCUACAAGCUUGCCCACUUAGUCUUCGCGUACAACGAGUUUGCAGCCAUUGAAGUGUUCUCAGGUGGCAUCUUCGGGUACAUUUGCUACGACCUCACCCACUACUUCCUCCAUCAUCGCAAUCUACCUUCCUACUACAGGGAGCUGAAGAAGUACCAUCUCCAGCACCACUUUGCAGAUUACGAGAACGGUUUCGGAGUAACAAGUCGGUUCUGGGAUCGGAUUUUUGGGACACAAUUGGAAUAUGUGAAGCCGGUGAAGGCGGCAUAG